AUGCAGGUCCAAUCACCCCAGCCCUUGUGCAGGCUGUCGACGGACAUUCCCCUCUUGGAAGGUACUCCGGUCGAUGAAUCGCCACAACAUCGAGCUGUCCUCCCGGAACGUUACGUUGCGCAGUCUCACAAUACUCAUAUCAGUACAGCCUCGCCAGAAGUGGGACAAAGAAGCAGUCUCAGCCCCUCGGACAGCUCUCACGCACAGCGGAGCGUCGCCACAGGAACCUAUUACACUGGCAAUGUACACGCACAACACAUCGGAUUGGCAGGCUUCGGCGUCGGGAGGUCAGAGAAGCAGAUCAGAUGCGAGCUCGGGCGACUAUACAAACUACUUCAGCGAUUGGAAAAGUACCAGAGAUAUCGUGAAAAGCAACCAGCUCUCACACCGGCCGAAGUCGUCGCGCGAGACGCCGCAGAGAGAAAAGAACAGGAAAACAGAAAGGCACAGGGACUACAGCAAGAGAAGGACAAGACUGUCUGGCCUGACUUCUUAGAGCACGCCUUCUGGACAGCACUCAUUCGAUGGCCGCCAAUGGGUCGAAAGAAAUACAUGCUCGAAGGUACACAGCGAGGGCGGAAUGAGCUGAUCCAGGAUUCUAUUUACAGAGACACCGGUAUCAGACGCGAUCGCAAACAGGUUUCCAGCCAUCUUCAGGUCCUCAAGGACAAGCUCAUAGGUGUUCCUGCUGUUCUACUCUAUAUGGCCACACCAAAGGACGUUUCUAAGCGCCGAUCUACGAAUACAUCCGCUCGAGCAUCCUAUUCGUCACAGCUGCAUGGCCGCCAACAUGCGCAGCGCACAGAGUCUGUUACCAAAUCAGAGUCCAGUACCUCCUCACCGCACAUUUUGCCGCAUUGUGGCGACCCACAAUCCGACCUCGCCCUGGGUUCCGGCCCGGACUUCGAUGCGGUGUCUUCGUCAUUCGCAGUCACGGGCUUCAAGAUAAUCUAUGAGGAUGAUCAUCAAUCUAUGCACUAUUUGGCUCAAACACAAUCGCAUAGCAGGCUCGACAGCUCGGAUGUGGUAGAUCUUGCCUCUUGGCGCCAUCAAUACCACGAGUUCGACUUCCUCCGAUCCAAGACCGAGGAUUGGAUGGAGAAUGGCCGAAAGGUGUUGGUCGGAACCGCGUCUACAGACUUGAUGACAGAGUUGCCACCAGAUGCCGACCUAACCAUCGUUUUCGAUCUUCACUCGCGUUUCGAUCUUUCUAGAUACGCCUAUGUGGAAUGCAUGACGCGAUUCUACAACAGCGGCGGCAAUGCCGUUGAUCCCCAAUUUGACCACGCGAGGCAUGAACGGAAAGAAACGCGAACCACUUGCGAGUAUCGGCGAGACCCUCAAGGCUCUCAGGGUGUCCUAUGCGUCCAGUUUAUGACUCAGCCGUCGGUGAGGCAUGCGAGGAAGAAGUCGAACCUGAUGCACAGAAACGGGGAAAGUGUCAAAGAAUCGCUUCAACGCGUGAUAGCAAUACAGGAUAUAUAUGGCAUUGUUGCUAACACAGGCGAGGUUCGACGUCUCACUAAAGUUCUUUGGAGGUUCCAGCAGACGAACGACUCUGCAGAAGUGGGCAACAUUGAGUGGCGUUCCGUGAGGUUCGCUAAUGGCCAGUCAGCUGCACGAGAAAGAUGUUGUUUCGAGGCGACAUUCAAGACUGAAGAUUCGGAAGACACAGAUAUCGAUCACGAGCGUACACUGGCUAUACCAACGCCCACACACACGGACGCGACGCCUUAUUAUCAGACUACGCAACUACCACUGGACUUGGCACAGACACACAUAAGCCACCACUCAUACGAGACCGCGCCUCACAAUGCGUACUUACAAGCACCUCUUUCUGUCGAUGUUCUUGAAUCAAUGCAACCAGAUUCAGACCACCUCAAUACAUCUGUGGCCACUACUACGACUGAGCUCUCCGGGGAAAGCUUUGCACCAUCACGUACUUCAGGCAUGGCAUCGCCGAACACACAAGGCAACGACUUCAACUUCAACGGCGAGCACAUAGCUAUCGGAGGCGACUUCGAACCUGUUAGCAACCCCCUGGUAUAUGGAGGAGUCUUGAGCCAAAACACCGGACUCGAGAGAUUGCAUGCGUUCGCUGGACUAGAACACGAUGAGCUCGCAACCAUGGGGCUUGCUGUUGGCGAACAUGGACAGCUAUUUCCAGUGGACGCAAACAACGAUCUGCACCAUUCCACCAAUCUAGCUUGCUAUUCGGCCAAACCCAACUGGCAGGACGCACAUCUCGUUUCGCACCUCGAGAAUGCGGCAGAACAGUAUCGCUCUUGCCUCAACCAUGAUGGUCGUGCUCAGGUAGCACCAAAUUACGGAAUUGCCCAUGGCCACGAUCCAUAUCAACAAGUCGGUCAAAGACAGGAUUCAGUGGCAGGUGUCUUUCACAAUGUGAAUCAUGCGUUCUGGGGUUUGCAGGGACUCCAAAGCACAUUCCAAGACGACACGGGUAGUGGUGCCGUCCAUCGAAUAGAGCACAUGGAAGACCAAAUACACGGUCCAGACUACGGUGUGCCGGAUCUAGUUGAGAGAGACCAAAGGGGAAGAGGUUACUAG